GGAAUGCGUGUGAUUUGCAGGCUUUGCUGACGGGACGUCAGGCUGCCUCCCAUCCUCUAUAAAACCCCCCAGUCCGACUGCAGGCUUCCUCUUUCUGUUACCUGGCUAGGGGUAGCUGCUUUGGCCGUGAGAACCCUGAAACACCGUAACUAACAAAAUGGGAAAGGAAAAGACCCACAUCAACAUCGUGGUCAUUGGCCAUGUCGACUCCGGCAAGUCCACCUCCACCGGUCACCUGAUCUACAAGUGCGGUGGCAUCGACAAGAGAACCAUCGAGAAGUUCGAGAAGGAAGCCGCCGAGAUGGGCAAGGGCUCCUUCAAGUACGCCUGGGUGUUGGACAAACUGAAGGCCGAGCGUGAGCGUGGUAUCACCAUCGACAUCGCUCUGUGGAAGUUUGAGACCAGCAAGUACUACGUGACCAUCAUUGAUGCUCCUGGACACAGGGAUUUCAUCAAGAACAUGAUCACUGGUACCUCCCAGGCUGACUGCGCCGUGCUGAUUGUUGCUGCUGGUGUUGGUGAGUUCGAGGCUGGUAUCUCAAAGAACGGUCAGACCCGCGAGCACGCCCUGCUUGCUUUCACUCUGGGCGUGAAGCAGCUCAUCGUCGGUGUGAACAAGAUGGACUCUACCGAGCCCCCUUACAGCCAGGCCCGUUUUGAGGAAAUCCAAAAGGAAGUGAGCACCUACAUCAAGAAGAUCGGCUACAACCCUGCUGCUGUUGCCUUCGUCCCCAUCUCCGGAUGGCACGGAGACAACAUGCUGGAGGCCAGCGACAAGAUGAACUGGUUCAAGGGGUGGAAGAUUGAACGCAAGGAUGGAAACGCCAGUGGAACCACUCUGUUGGAGGCUCUGGAUGCCAUCCUGCCACCUUCUCGUCCCACCGACAAGCCCCUCCGUCUGCCCCUGCAGGACGUCUACAAGAUUGGCGGUAUUGGAACUGUACCCGUCGGUCGUGUUGAGACUGGUGUCCUGAAGCCCGGUAUGGUCGUCACCUUCGCUCCCCCCAACCUGACCACUGAGGUCAAGUCUGUGGAGAUGCACCACGAGUCUCUGCCCGAGGCCGUGCCUGGUGACAAUGUUGGCUUCAACGUCAAGAACGUCUCCGUUAAGGAAAUUCGUCGUGGGUACGUUGCUGGUGACAGCAAGAACGACCCACCCAAGGCUGCUGACAGCUUCAACGCCCAGGUCAUCAUCCUGAACCACCCAGGUCAGAUCAAUGAGGGUUACGCCCCCGUGCUCGACUGCCACACAGCUCACAUUGCUUGCAAGUUCAAGGAGCUGAUUGAGAAGAUCGACCGUCGUUCUGGCAAGAAGCUGGAGGACAACCCCAAGUUUGUCAAGUCUGGAGAUGCUGCCAUCGUCAAGUUGAUCCCACAGAAGCCCAUGGUUGUGGAGCCCUUCUCGAACUACCCUCCCCUUGGUCGUUUCGCUGUUCGUGACAUGAGGCAGACUGUGGCUGUUGGUGUCAUAAAGGCUGUGGACACCAAGGAGGUCUCCGGAAAGACGACCAAGGCUGCAGAGAAGGCCCAGAAGAAGAAAUGAAUGGUCGUGCAGGACGUCCAGCAAGGCGUGGUGUGCCGGCAGCUGCGGGCCACCUCCUCCCCCAUUUCCUCUCACCACCCUGGGUCAUCUCUGAGGCACAGCUCUCUACUCAAGGACUGGCUUAUGCUGAUUAAAACCCAUCGCAAAAGUUUUCGCAGGAAAAAAAACUCUGGCAUUGUCGUUUAGAUCACGGGAUGGUGCCUCUUUAGGUUGACUUGUUUAAAAUUGUAUCAAUCUUUAAAAAUGCCACAAAUUAAUUGGGAAGAAAGCUGCUGGUAACUAAUAAAAUAAAUGUCUCUGAAAAAAUCGCAA